UUAACUGCGCGGUCCCGCGUCCCCGGGGUGGGGAACCAGAGCCGGACGGGUUACCUGGCUGCUGGCAGGCGGGCGCGCGGGGGCGGCCGAGAGAAGAAGGCCAGGGUCGCAGAGUGGGUGAAGAGAGUUCCCGAGCAAGUCGGAAGCCGCUCACAACACCGGACACCGCGCGGCAGGGCUGUGGACGAGGCUGUAGCUGUGGACCUGUGGUGGUUUCGUGCCCCAGUCUUAGGAAACGACGCGCAAGGCACCGUGCCGAGGCGUAGAGGUCACCCUCGGGAGGUUUCGGUGAAAACUGGUGGGAAAUUACAGGCAGGUGCCCGGAGUCGCGCCCGAGGAUCUCCGUGCAGCCCGACUAGUGUUCCGGGGAGUUGAGACGAGCUGCACUGGUGGGAUUGCACCGGCUCUGCCCUCCCAGCGUUGACUAUUCGCCCGGCCGUCCGGGAAAGCGCGAGCUUCCUGGCUCCAGAAGUGAUGAUGCUGCUGGGUAGAAGCCGCAGCAAGUGAAGAGUUGCCAGUUGUUAUGGGAUUAAAAAAGAGAUCUCUGCAAUGGCUAAGGGGUUAUCUUAUGAUGAGGCUUUUGCUAUGGCUAAUGAUCCCUUGGAAGGCUUCCAUGAAGUAAACCUUGCUUCACCUACUUCUCCAAACCUUCUUGGUGUGUAUGAAUCAGGAACUCAAGAGCAGACUACCUCACCAAGUGUCAUCUACCGGCCACACCCUUCAGCUUUAUGCUCUGUACCUAUCCAGGCAAAUGCGUUAGAUGUUUCUGAACUUCCUACACAACCCGUGUAUUCAUCCCCCAGACGUUUAAAUUGUGCAGAAAUAUCUAGUAUCAGCUUUCAUGUUACAGACCCAGCACCUUGUUCUACCUCUGGAGUCACAGUUGGGUUAACUAAAUUAUCUACAAGAAAGGACAACUAUAAUGCAGAGAGAGAGUUUUUACAGGGUGCUACUAUAACAGAGGUUUGCGAUGGCAGCGAUGAUAUUUUUGGGUUGAGUACUGAUAGUCUGUCUCGUUUACGAAGCCCAUCUGUUUUGGAAGUUAGAGAAAAGGGCUAUGAACGACUAAAAGAAGAACUUGCAAAAGCUCAGAGGGAACUGAAGUUAAAAGAUGAAGAAUGUGAGAGGCUUUCAAAAGUGCGAGAUCAACUUGGACAGGAAUUGGAAGAACUCACAGCUAGUCUAUUUGAGGAAGCUCAUAAAAUGGUGAGAGAAGCAAAUAUCAAGCAGGCAACAGCAGAAAAACAGCUGAAAGAAGCACAAGGAAAAAUUGAUGUACUUCAGGCUGAAGUAGCUGCAUUGAAGACACUUGUAUUGUCCAGUUCUCCAACCUCACCUACGCAGGAGCCUCUGCCAGGUGGAAAGACACCUUUUAAAAAGGGGCAUACAAGAAAUAAAAGCACAAGCAGUGCUAUGAGUGGCAGUCAUCAGGACCUCAGUGUGAUACAGCCAAUUGUAAAAGACUGCAAAGAGGCUGACUUAUCCUUGUAUAAUGAGUUCCGAUUGUGGAAGGAUGAGCCCACAAUGGACAGGACAUGUCCUUUUUUAGACAAAAUCUACCAGGAAGAUAUCUUUCCAUGUUUAACAUUCUCAAAAAGCGAGUUGGCUUCUGCUGUUCUGGAGGCUGUGGAAAACAAUACUCUAAGCAUUGAACCAGUGGGAUUACAACCUAUCCGGUUUGUGAAAGCUUCUGCAGUUGAAUGUGGAGGACCAAAAAAAUGUGCUCUUACUGGCCAGAGUAAGUCCUGUAAACACAGAAUUAAAUUAGGGGACUCAAGCAACUAUUAUUAUAUUUCUCCUUUUUGCAGAUACAGGAUCACUUCUGUAUGUAACUUUUUUACAUACAUUCGAUACAUUCAGCAGGGACUCGUUAAGCAGCAGGAUGUCGAUCAGAUGUUUUGGGAAGUUAUGCAGUUGAGAAAAGAGAUGUCAUUGGCAAAGCUGGGUUAUUUCAAAGAGGAACUCUGAUGCUCUGCGUGGGACCAUGCAUGAACUCCUUAAAUAACUGAAAAAUGGCUGAAUAUUUUUAUGGUUACUUCAUAUUUAUUUCCAGAGAGUGGGCCUAAGACUUUUUCCCCUUUUGCAAAUUCCUCUAAGAAAUACAAUGAUUUCUUUUAAACUGA